UAUCGAUAGGUGGCACUAAAUUGAGCACUUUGUGAAAAUGGGGCAAUGUGAACCCGGCCGCUAAAUUCAAACCUGUACUAUAGUCAGGUCGAACAUUUCCAAACUUGUCCAAUCCUGUUUACGUAUGCCAGCCAUAGGCAAACGUUUACGUAUGCCAGCCAUAGGCAAACGUUUACGUAUGCCAAUUUCAUUCAAGAAACGUUUAUAGAUCAACACGUGUAUAUAAGCCUGUAAGCUUUUGCCAACUCCGUACAGUCGACGACUAAACUCAGACGAAGUUGGAUCUCCUUAAAUUUUAUAACUCAGGGAUUAUAUUGCAUCCUAGUGUACGACGCAAUUCUAGUGAUCAGCUCCGAGUUUUACUUCAUUGGAACAGCAGAAAAUGUCUUUUGAAUCCCUGGGAACGUUCGCACCUGGUGCCGUAGGAAUUUUCGACCCCAAAGCCCCAAGGGAAUUGAAGGGCCCUCAUGAUCGACACUGUGUUGAAUGUGGAUUGGUCAUCUACAGGCAGGCCAAGGAGCGUCUAGACAAAUGCCCGUACAAAGCAUGCAAGGCGCCGAUGAUGUUGCGUGAUGGCUUUGAUGCGAACAGCAAAUGGGGGAGAUGCCGAAUUUGUGAUUCUUUCAUCCACAGCUUUAUGAGCUUUUGCCAAUCGUGUGGUACCUCCAACACUGCUGGAAUAAACAGAAAACGGCGCUUAGAGAAAAUUGAGCAGAACCGAUUGGAGGCCGAAGUCAAGAAAGCUCGGAUGGAGUUGCAAGAUCCAGACUUUCUUCUGUGGAAGGCUGAGAAAGCUGCCAGAGAAGAGGAAGUUUUGCUGGCUGCUGCUGCUGCUGUUUCAGAAAAUAAUCCCGCCCUAAUGGACACAGAUGAGAAGGUAGGCGAAAAUGAAAAAACAGGAGAAGGAACAGGAGAGGAAAAAGUAGUAGAUGGAAAAGCGGAUGAAUGGAAGAAAGUCGCAGAAACGGAGACAGCAAGGAAAAUAGAAGAGUCAGCAGAAGAUCAUGGAUCAGUGAAAGGGACGCACUAAUUUGUCAAUUAUAUUUAAUAAUUUUGCAUUUAAAUUCACUCUUAUAGUUUAAUUAUUUCCAUUAAAAUAAUUCAUCUUAAGAUCACAACUUUUGUACUAUUAACGAUCGACUUCAUAAGCCCAACAUUACAGUUAUCUUUUAUAUAUACCAACUUUAAUUUAAUCGUAUAAAAGAUUUACAAUUAUAACAGUUGUUAUUUUAAAGUAUACAUUUUAUGUAAAUUUUUAAGUAAUAAUUCAUGAAAUAAAGUCAGUUCAUACUGCAAUAAAACUA